GGGAGUCAUUAAAAGAGUCAAGUCUCAAGAGUGACUAAAUUAAAGGCAUCAAUUUAGAAACCAGACGUUUAGGCAUCAAAGUAUGUAGGACCUGCCUCCAUGUUCUCCCUUCAACCUUCAUAUAUUUCAAAACCCAUAUCCUUCUCCUCGUCGUCCUCUUCUUCCUUUUCAUGAUUUCCCAGAAAAUUAUUUUCAGAGUAUUCAGUUUUCCAUAUUAAUUAUGUCAUGUACAAGAAAAACCCUUCACGACCAUCCUUUUAAUUUAUGGAAGUUCCUACUCUCUCCCACAAUCAAAGCCAUAGAUGUCUUCUCUCUCACCAUUAAAUUCACUCUGGCUCUUUGCUCCGUCGCUUCCAUCUCUCUCAUCCUCUACUUUGCUUUCUCAAAUUACUCCCAUUUCCCCCAACCCCAUAUUAACACAGUCACCAACUUUAACCAAAACGGCAGCGUCUCAAUCGAAGGUCGCGAACAGACAACUAUAUCCCACAUUUUGUUUGGCAUCGGAGGCUCGGUGAAGUCAUGGAACAAACGGCGAUACUACAGCCAGCUGUGGUGGAAGCCUAACGUCACCCGCGGCUUCGUCUGGCUGGACAAAAAACCCUCUUCCAACAUGACGUGGCCAGAGACGGUCCCGCCGUACAAAGUCUCCGAGGACACGUCACGGUUCAAAUACUCCUGCUGGUAUGGUUCCCGGUCCGCGGUUCGCAUAGCGAGAAUCGUGAAAGAGAGCUUCGAGUUGGGGUUGCCAAACGUGAGAUGGUUCGUUAUGGGAGAUGAUGAUACGGUGUUUUUCACUGACAACUUAGUUUCGGUGUUAGUGAAAUACGAUCACAAUCAGAUGUACUAUAUUGGCGGAAACUCGGAGAGCGUGGAACAAGAUGUGACACACUCGUACACUAUGGCCUACGGCGGUGGCGGGUUUGCUAUUAGUUACCCAUUGGCUGCUGAGCUUGUUAAGAUCUUAGAUGGGUGCAUCGAUCGGUAUGAUAAAUUCUACGGCUCAGAUCAAAGGAUUCAGGCUUGUUUGAGUGAGAUCGGAGUGCCCGUAACAAAAGAACUUGGGUUCCACCAGCUUGAUAUACGUAGAAGCGCGUACGGUUUGCUAGCCGCGCACCCGGUGGCCCCACUAGUGUCACUCCACCAUUUGGACUAUUUAGAGUCAAUAUUUCCAAACCUAACUCGGAUUGACUCGGUGAAAAAGUUGGCCAGUGGGUAUGAAGUGGAUCCGGGUCGGAUCCUGCAGCAUAGUUUUUGUUAUGACUUGAAUCGUAAUUGGUCUGUUUCGGUGUCUUGGGGUUACACUAUGCGGUUGUAUCCGUUUCUAGUGACUGCUAAAAAGUUAGAAACGGCGGUAGAGACGUUUCAGACGUGGAGGAGUUGGGACGCUGGCCCGUUCACAUUUAAUACCCAACCCGUCAGUUCAGACAUGUGUGAGAGACCCAUUAUUUUUAUGUUGGAUCGGGUUGAGAGUGUUGGUGGGGGUAAGACCUUGACUGGUUACAAGAGGUACGAUAUGGGAAAAGAGGAAAAAGAUUGUCCUAAAUAUAACUACACUAGUGCUUUGGCAGUUCAAUUUUUCAACGUCUCAGCUCCCAAAUUCAACCCCGACUUGUGGAAUAAGGCACCACGUAGACAAUGCUGCGAGAUCAUCAAUGGCACAGAUGGAGCUGACAACGUUGUACAUGUCCAAAUUAGAGGCUGCAAGCGCUUUGAGAGUGUCUCUCCUCAGUAGAAAAAUAGAGCAUCUAAGAACAAUCGAUCUUCAAAGUGGCAAGCUCUGAUUGGAGUCAAUACGUACUAAUUUUGGAGGGUUCCAACAACAAAAACAGAAGCAUGCAUGUAUCAAUUACUAAAUAUAUAUGGAUAAGAUGAUCAAACUAUGUUAAAAGCCAUAGCUAUGUAUUCCCAAUCCUCACAUAAUUAUUUUGUAGUGUUUAAAUAAAUUAUAGAAUUAUAUGGUUUGAAGUUUGAGCUGGCCAGUUCAAUUUGGAUUUGCUUUUUUGGGGCUUCGGCCUAUUGGCCCUCCAUUGUGCCAAAGAAGAAAACCUCAUCCAAUGUGAACCAAGAUCCAUCAAGCAACAAAUGAAGAUGAGGAGAUUUCUGCAACAAAUGUGAACCAAGAUCCAUCAAGCAACAAAUGAAGAUGAGGA